AUGGUCGACUUCACCGUCUACAAAGGCUCCUCCAACGGCGCCAUCACCAAAGCCACCACCUCCCGCCCCAUCCACCCGCACGAAGUCCUCGUGCGCAUCACGCACAGCGGCCUCUGCGGCACCGACGUACACUUCAAGCACGUCUCGCAGGGCCUCGGCCACGAGGGCGCCGGCGUGGUUGAACAAGUGGGCUCGGCCGUGACGCUCCACGCGACCGGCGACCGCGUCGGCUGGGGCUACAACCACUUCAGCUGCGGGCACUGCAAGCAGUGUCUGCGCGGGGCCGACACGCUGUGUCCGGAGCGCAAGAUGUACGGCGCGGCGGAUCUGGAUCAGGGGAGCAUGGGGUCGCAUGCCGUGUGGCACGAGGGGUUUGUGUACAAGAUUCCUGAGGGCAUCGACAAUGCGCACGCGGCGCCGCUGCAGUGCGGGGGCGCGACGGUGUUUAGCGCCCUGCAGCUGUAUGGCGUCAAGAGCACGGAGCGCGUGGGCGUGCUGGGCGUGGGCGGCCUGGGGCAUUUGGCCAUCCAGUACGCGCGGGCGUUUGGCUGUGAGGUCGUGGUGUUCUCGGGGACGGACAGUAAGAGGGAGGAGGCGAUGAGGUUGGGCGCCAAGGAGUUUUAUGCCAUGAAGGGCGUCAAGGAGGGGGAGCUGCAGUGUCGGCCCGUGGACCACUUGUUGGUGUGUACGAGUGAGAUGCCGGAUUGGAAGCUUUACCUGCCGCUCAUGGCGCCCGGAGGCGCGAUCUAUCCGCUGACGGUCAGCUUUGGGAAUCUGGAUAUUCCCGUCAUGCCGGUCAUCUUGGCGGCGUUGAGGAUUCAGGGCAGUCUGGUGGCGGAUCGUCAGACGCAUCGGGAGAUGCUCGAGUUCAGCGCGUUUCAUGGUAUCAAGCCCAUGAUUAACGAGUUUAAGAUGAAUGAGAAGGGGAUUGAGGAGGCGUUCCGGGUGCUGGGCAGUGGGGACAUGAAAUAUCGCGGUGUACUUGUGGCGGAGUAG